AAACAGGUGACAAACAAAAGCCUUUAAAUUGUAAUUCUUCUGCCCUCAAGUUUCUUCCGAGCUCUUUCAAGAAUGGCAUAUCUGGAAAGAUCAUCUCCAACAUUGAAAGAAACACUACACAAGAUAUACCGUGCUGAAAAACCUAUUGAGAUCGAUCAACAUUUCUACGAGUUUGGUUCAAUUCAAUAUCACAUCAAGUGCUCGACUUCGGAUUCAAACAUUGUGUAUGUAUCGACGUCGACGCUGCUCGAGACACAGGGAACAGUGACGUUCAAGGAGAUUUUAAGUCACACUUAUGAGGUGAUUAAGAAAAUUGCAGUUGGUGUGAUAGAUAUUGUUGAUCCACCACGAUUAGGGUUUCAAUUGACCCUUAAGCUUCACCUUGAUAAUAUUCCACGUGGCAAAGAAGCGAUUAAAGUCAUUACAAGGAUUUCUGAAAUACAAGCUUUAAUAUUAAGUAGCCAAUUAAAAGAGAUGCUGAAAGUAAUGAAUUUUCAAGAUGAUUCACAAGCGAUGAACAACAAUAGGCCCAUCAGGAUUGUUUAUCACCCAAGUGAACCUUUCUACGUCUUUAAACAGCCAGAGAAAUUAACGGCGGUGUUUCCGAUGAAUUUUACAGACAAUUCGGAUAUGGUCAUUGCCACCUCGUUCUUCCAGGAACUAGUGGAAGUGGGUAACCGAAAGGAAAUGGAAAAGGCACCUCGAUGUAAUUGGUCACCAAUUCCUCCUUUCCAACUUAGAGGAGAACCGGUCCAAGACUUGACCACCAGUUCUGGUUUUGUCUCUUUUGAUAUUACCUCACGGCACAUUGAAGGAAAGAGCCUAGACAAAACGGUUUGGAACUUACUAAAUUUCUACGCAUACGUUAAAUACCAUAUUAAGUGUUCGAGAGGGUACAUACAGAGAAGGAUGAGAAAAAGAAUGGACAGCUUGGUUAAGCUGCUAAUUAACACAAGCCUAGACGAAGAAGCUCAUCAAAAGGAUGGAAGAUGGAAAUACGUAAAGGAGCGCGUGAAGGUACCUACAGGCAAAUUAAUGAUGAAACAGAGAUGCAAGGAAAUAACAAGGAGAGUGAAGAUAAGUAAAUUCCGGAUUAAAAUAAACGGCUGCGCUCGAUUUCGAUUCAAUCAACGGUGGAUAUCUCUCCCCAAAUUCUCUUCGAAACCCUUGAAUAAAUCAUACACAAAAUUGGACUAAGUAAUCUCUCAACUUCGAAAGUCUCUUUAAUAUACAUAUACACAUGUGGAAUCAUGGACAGUUAUGCUCAUAUACACAUACGUGAUACGUACAUGUGAGAGAUAAGAGAUUGGUCCUAUUGUAUUGGCAUAUGCUACGAUACGCAUACAUAUAUUAUAUAUACAGGUAUACUUCUAGAUGAAUCACCUAACUUCACCAAUUAAAAUUACGAAUAAUAGUGCU